UGCAAUCGUUUUUGGCGCGCGCUGUUUAACUAAACAAAGAUGGCUUCUUCUCCACUUUCAACUUCAGAAGGAGAACUGUUUGAGGUAAAGAAUGAAAAAAAAGACCUUAAAUAACAGAGUUGCUUCUUUAAAGUUAUCUAGCUGUUAGAAAUCGGGACGUGAGAAGAGCAGUAGUGUGUCAGUAGUUUUUAAUGUGCGAGAGUGAAGCAGAGACAGUCGCACACAUCGACCUCAUAAGCCUGAGCUUAUUUUUUCAUGAUUGGUCGAUUAUUUGCAUGAAAAAUGAUUUUUAAUCAUUCUUCAUCACAUCUAUUGCAGCAGGAAAGGUCAGAUAAAUGGACCAAAGACUAGUAUAUCAUUAUGCAAGGAUCUUAACUUUUUAAAUAAGUUUACCAGCGGAUAAAUACCGGCCUUUCAAUGCAAACUCAAUCGAGACUGUUGAUCAAUGUAAGCUUAAGUUUAAGUUUCUUACUCAUAACUUAAAAAAUCAUAAAAUUUUAAUUCCAGAUUUCUUAAUGAAAACAAGCGUAAAUAAUGCAAAAUAUUCUUAAUGAAGGGAAAGCUCAAGUUCUUGAACAUUGUAACCUUGAGAACCUUUGCUACAAUUUAUAUGCGUGCAGUAGCCAAUAAAACAGGUGCCACAUUGUUGGGCUGCUGAAAUUUAGCACCUGAGCUACUUGAACUACAAGUAUGUGGUCUAGUACUUAUUUUUCCACGAAACCACCAAGAGUUGAGCGUUUUCUAUGUAGAAGUCUGAUUUCUUUUUAUUUGUAGGUUGAAACUCUUCUGGGAAGGAGAACCAGACAUGGUAAAGUGGAGUAUUUAGUGAGAUGGAAGGGUUAUGACCAAAGCGAAGAUUCAUGGGAACCUGUAAAAAAUUUACAAGGUUGCCAAGAGCUGAUUAAAAAGUUUGCUUCUCCAAGGUCUCCGUCACCUGGUAGAAAAGCCAGAACACCAAAGGUACUUUUUAUCAUGGUCCUUGUGUUUUGGCAUUCGUUGUCCCAUUCACUUCCAGUCAUUUCAAUCACCUACUCCUUUAAAUGUUCCAACUUUUUUCAGGUGUACCAUUUUAUUUGAUUUAUUGCUACAGCAAUAAUUAAGUUUUAAGCAUUUUUGAUGCAAUGUUUAUUCAAGGGCAGCAUUCAUUUGAGGGAAAUAUUUAUUAGUAUUUCAAAAUCACAUUUCUUUAAUCAUGGAUAACAGUUAUGAUGAACCAGUUAAGCAAUAGAAAACGUUUUCCAUGUUUGCAUAGCCUGAUAUAAACACGAGAGGGGUUGGGAGAAUUCAAGACAGUUAUGCAAACCCGAGACGAAGUUAAGGGUUUGCAUAACUGUCGAGAAUUCUCCCAACCCCUCAAAUGUUUAUGUCAGGAUAUGCAAACACAGGAAAAAAGUUUUCUAUUGCUUUCAUAAAAUAACUUCCCCGAGAAAAAAAGCAAAACUCUCUUGUUUAGAGUGCUGAUUAAAAGACAAAUUCUUACCAGUCACGAAGUCUUGUACACGAAGCUUGUACGCGUAAUCAGUCCUUGUUUUGCAAAGAAGAUGCUUUCCAAAAUACGUUUUUUUUUCUCGCUUAAAAUGUCAGCUCAAGCGAAAAAAAAUUGACACAGCAUGUUUCUAAAGAUUUUCCAAGUUUCAGCCGACGAGGAAAUGUGUGAAUAAAGUAAACUUGUCGAGGUUUUCAACAAAAAAACCUUUUUCAAAUUCGUGCUCGCGUGAUUAGUGCACGAAAAGCAAAACAUCUUGAUGUCACAACCAUGUUUACAUACUCUCAUGCAAACACGCCUCUCGGCCAAUCAGAGCACGUGCACUGUCUUAGUUAUUUUAUAAUUGUAAAUAUUGUGUUCAACAGAAACAUGUCAGAGUUCCAAUGUCUCACUUUUUUUGCCAGGAGAGAAUUAUAUUUGUCUUGAUGGUGUAGAUUACAAAGUUGCACCAAGUUUUUUCUUAUAAUCCUCAAAUAAAUGCCGCAUUUAUCUGGUUGGGUGUGGUAUUUAUUCAAGGGCGGUGUUCACUGAUAAUUUGCUUUUGGGGGCUGCACUUAAUCAAGGGGGUGUUUAUUCAAGGGUAGAAAUUGAUUAAGUUAAUACAAUAUUGAAGAAAAUUAACAUGCUUAACUAUUUCAUUAACAAAAUCAUUGUCAUUAACAGAAUUAGUCCACAGUUAAAACACUCAAAACUUUUCUUUGACUUGCACGCAGGUGAAAAAUAAGUGAAAUUCCUAUUAAGAGAUGUUUCCAAUUAAAAUCCUUUAUCAGUCGGUUUGGGCAAUCCAAAUUAUUAUUUCUGAUGAUUGAUUAUGAAAUCUUAGGUAAUUCCCAACUUUUAGUUUUGGUUGUUGUAUGAAAUAUCCUUACUAUUAUUGUGGUUGGGAUUAGACCCAGACAAGUUUCCUCUACCCUUUUGUUUUCUUUAAAACUCUUGGAUUUGUCCAAAGAUGAUUUAGUUUACAUUGCCUUAUUCAAUUUUUUGUUAUCGUUAAUUUAAUCCCUUAGAGGGCUCAAACUAGCCAAGUGUUGCAGACAAACCAGAAAAUUACAGAGGAGUAUACCAAACUUAAGACUCCAAAAGGUACACCAACAUCUGACUAUAUCAUACUUCAUCAAAGAAAGGGUAAGUCAUGAAUAAUCGAUCACAACAUAACUUCAGAAUUACUCAGGGCUGUCAUUAAGGGCCAAGGCCAGGGAUUUCAUAAGCAUGACCCCCAGCAACUUUCAAAGGAAACAAAAGGAAAAAAUUCCCAGGUGUUAAAUUCCCUGUCUACUAAUUGCGUACACCUAGCCCUGGCAACUUCAAAUCUUAGUGGCAACCCUGAUAAUAUUACCAGUACAGUCAAAAGGGGGUGAUCAUGGUAAUUCACCACUGAAAUAUCACUGUAUUUUAAACCUACCCAAAAAAGGAACUUGCAACACCGAUCUCAAUGUUUAUGUGCUUUGUAAGUGCUUCAGUUUAUCUUGCCUACCAUAACCAACACCUACACCUCGUCCAAGGGUGUAACUUAUGAGAGGUUAGACUGUACAUGAUUUUUGGAUCUCAACUACCAGUAUAUGACUUCAAGAUACUGACUUCAAGAAAUGCAUUUACUGGUACCAGGAAACUUGAAAGAACGUUUUGACAUUUGUACUUUUGCCAUGGGCAAAAAAUGGAACUAACUACGUAGAGAACUCAUUAGUAUUACAGUGAAACCCUGUUGAUAUGGACACUGAGGUGCUACAGAAAGACUUCAUAUUAACAAGGUGUUUGUAUUAAGCAGGUUGAAUUUAGAGAAAAUGUAAGGGUUUUCUUUCCCCAGAGACAAAGCAAACUCUCCAUGAUAGUGAGGUGUCUGUAUUUAAUGGGUGUCCGUAAAACUGGGGUUUGUUAAUAAUUAACCGACAUUAUAAGUUGAACAAAGGAAUAUUUCAAUAUGUGAAAGACUUCAUGAUUGUUUUUAGUGUAGUACACUUACAUUGUGUAAAGAUAUCAAUCUUCUUUUUGGUUACUCGUAUUUUGAAUGCCAAGGUGUCCAUUCAAUAGAGGUGUCCCGUCAAUAGAGGUAAUAGAUACAAAGAUUAUGUGAGCAUUUUUCCUGGACCAAAUUUUAUGUCCCCUCAAUGGAGUUGUCCCUUGAAUAGAGGUGUUCCAAAGGAGAGGUUCCACUGUAUACAUGACACUAGCUUUCUAAUCUGAUUGGCUAUCAGCUGCCAUGAUUUGAGCAUUAACAGGACAGUAUAAUAAGACAGUACUCAUCUUGUCUGAAUAAUUGGACAGUAUGUGCCAUUGGUUGCUUGAAUGGGUAUGUUUUUCGCUUCUGGCUUAAAAAAAAAUUCAAAAUCAAAGCUGGUAAUAUGUGGGUAAGAGAGAAUCUGAUUAUCAGUGCAAUAGACUGGUAAUUUUCCAUUUGAAAGCUGCUUUGACAAGUUGUGACAUCUCUCAACAGGUCCUCUAUAUGCCAGACAACAAGUCAAAGAAGAAAAAGAAAAUACCAAAAUUACUAAAACAGUUGAGGUCAUACAAGAAAAGCAUAAGAAUUCUGCAGGUCAAGGAUUACCAGCUAAGAAAACUAGUCCACAGAAAAGAUCCACAGUGACAACUGAUGCACAAAGGGAAGUGUUUAAAAUUGUGGCAGGAUUAGUUGUUGUUACUCUUGUAAUGAUUUUGCUUCUCUCAUUUAUUCCUGGAGUUGGAGAUGAUAAAAACUAAUCUUAUCUGUAAAUAUUGUUAUAGUUCACAUUAGUUGAAAUUACUUUUAGCCUUUUAAGUCAUAAAUGAAUAUGUAUGAUAUGCUUUUUUUUAAUCUAGAGAGAAUGAUACACUUGCCUUCUUAUCUACUUUUAAUUCAGGUCACAAAAAGACUCAACUUGCCAAUAGUUUGGUGAUCUGUGUGAUAAACUGAAUGUUAACAGACGUGUAAUUUCCCAUGAGGAUAAAAAAAUUUUAGUAUUUGGGCAAAAUAUGUUUGUGAUGUGAUAUGCUGGAAGAGUUUUUCUGGAUACCAAACAUACUGUAGCUUUGGAAAAUCCAAGUGUAUAUCUUGUCCACAAUAGCCACAAAAGCCUGAGUGGGAGAUGUAAAGAGGGCGAGGGAGCGGGGAGAGAAAAAAGGAAGAGAAAAGAGAGGGAGUCAGCAACCUUUUCUCCCCAAUCUUCUCUCCCUUUUCCCCAUCCUUCCCUUCCUUUAUCCACACCUGCCACACCCAACAAUAACAAAUUUAACCCUAAAAAACCUCAUUAUACCACAUCCGGGUAAUCAUGAAAUUUUCUUAUAAUACUGAUUAUCUUCAUCGCGUAUUGUGGUUUCCAGAAAGGUCAUUAUACAGCAUUCACAGAAGCCAUCAUUUUUCGACAGUUUUCAGUGCUCUUUUGAUGAUGUAAAUAUCAUUUUUUGCACCUUACUAAAUUUUUACAAUUUUUGCAUUUUAAAUUGGUAUAUUAUUUAUUUUACGAAUAACUUUCCAUUGACCAAGAUACAUGUAUAUUAGCAUAAUGUUACAAAACUGAUAUUUCCUAUACUUUGUAGUUGACAUUCUGUGACGUUGCAUUUAGUUCAGCUUCGUUAACAGUAUGGUUUAGUGCAACAUUAAUGGCCAUAAAGUAGGUUGCAAGAUCAUCAGAAAUAGUGUUAGUAUAGUGUACAGAGCCAAAGUAAAAUGGGGAGAAAUCUCAAGUCAAACCGGACUUUGCGUGAACUUGAACUACUUCCCAAGGAAAGCUAUUCCAUCUCCAAAAUUUUCAGUAGAUAGCUAAUAACCCGUAUUCGAUUCCAUUAAUCCCUAGCUUUCAAAUAAAGACCAAUUUAAAACCAUUCAUGUUUAAAAGAGUUAUGUCUACGUUAGAAUAGUAAUACUGUAAUUACAGUGCGACUACUAGAACUGG